ACAAAAUCGAUGAUGGUGGAAAGGAAGCUGUAUAAAACGAAACUAUGCAUGCUUUAUCAGAGAGGUCGUUGUCAUCGUCAGACUUGCUCUUUCGCUCAUGGCAAUGCUGAACUCCGUCGCUUCUCCGGUUCCGGUGGCGAAAGGAAUUUGCUGGUUGCUUUACCUUUGUGCUGCUUAUGGUAUUUUUCUCAGCAUCUUGGUUUAUCAUAUUGCAUCUUGAAGCAGCAGCGCAUGAGGGAUCAGGAUAUGUUUCUCUGGAUAUAGUAUCUUCAAUAUAUUAUUUACAAAUCUGCCCGCUUGAUGAACCAUAUGAAUGCUGUGCCCUAGAAAUUUCUUCACCCUUAUAUUUCCCGAGAAUAUGGUGUUCCCUUCUUGUGACUUCUGUUUGAAUGAACCUUCAAAGGAACCUGUUGGAUGAUAUUUUUGUCCAAGAAGGCCUGUUUAUUAUCCUAUAUAUUGUCAUGCGGCUUGGGUAAUCCAUAUCCUUUUGAUAUGGCUGCUAGCAGAUAUAUGUGCUGUAGCAAUUUUUUACCGUACAAGAUGCAAGGCUGUCUACUACUUCUGUUGGUUCUAUGAUAUUUGAAGCUCUUCUGGGUAAAAGCUCAAAAAACUGGUAUUCUAUAUCUGUUCAUUGUAUGAGAGAGGUAGUUUCUAUGGCUCCUUUUGGAACUCACAGGAAGGCAGUAUAAAUAUUUGCUGUUAUGUUUCUCUUGUAGUUUGAUGUAUUGAAAUGCGAGAUUUUCGUGGUCGUGACUUGAGAGAGAAGCUUGAUAGAGAGCAUUCUCCAGUGGGCAGAUACUCCUCUGGUAAAGGGCAUUCUCCAGUGGGUAGAUACUCCUCUGGUAGAGGGCAUUCUCCAGUGGGUAGAUACUCUUCUGAAAGAGGGCAUUCUCCAGUGGGCAGAUACUCUUCUGAUAGAGAUGCAAGAGAGAGACAUGCAUCCCGUGGGCGCAGUCCUCCUGAGUCUGUUGAGAGGAGUGAUAGAAAGCGCAGGAUGAAACAGCAUUCGGAUGGUCAAAGUGACAUCUCUGGAAGUUUGAACAUGUCCGAUGGGACAGGAGAUCAUGUGAAGGAGAAAAAACAUUUAUCGUCCAGUUCCAAAGAUGUCCUUCAGCUUAGGCAGUUGCAAUCCGAAAUCAAUAUGUUGGAUGACGAAAAACGAGAACUGGAGAUAUACCUUGAAGAGACAACUUGUCAGGCAGAAAGUCUAGCUUCAAAAAAUCAGGAACUAGAGAUGGAACUUUUCAAGGAAAAGGAGGAACGUAAAAGGGUUACUUUGAAGACUAAGCAGUUCAUUGAAGCAUAUACUAAUCACUCACGGUUGGAAGCUGAACUGAAGAGGUCAGAAGCUCAGCUUCAAAAGCUCGCUUACAAACUCAGCUCAGAUUUCAUCAGAACUGGUGCAAGUGAAGAGGAUUCUGCCAUCAACAUUAGUGAUGGAGGGAUGGCUGGUAAUCAUUUUAGUUCAUUGGUUGAGCAGCAGAAGAAUACUUCACCUACCAAGAAAAGGCCGAGAGUUCAUCAUGAAGUUGAUGAAACGUCAAAUCAAGCGUUAACAAGAGCAAAAGGAAAUGGUGCGCAGAGGAUAAGCUAUCCUACUCAGCUGAGUAAUGAGAAGAAAGACGAGGCAGACUUUUCCAGUGACAUGACUUUCACUAACAAGCCCAAAGCUUCUGAGAGUGCCGUUGUUUUGCCACCAACUAGCAUGGCCGCUCAUGCAAAGGAUGAAGAUGCCGAAGUUGGCGAGACAGAGGAAAAGCUUGAAGUAGCUGGGAAUGCUACAAGAAGAGCUGGGAAGGGAGUUCCUUCUGGUAUCACAGAAUAUCCUUUUCUACCACCUCCUCCUCCUCUUCCUCGAGGUUCUAGUUUGCAGUACAAGCGUGAUGAUGCAGGUGAUGAUGAAGAUGGACGAGAUGAAGAGAUGUUGGAGGUGGAUAUUGUUUAGCGUAGUGACCAGUAUGAUGUUGCCAUUGUAGGAUUUGACUUUGUACACCGCUGGUGCAUAUGUAGGGGAAUAGAGCUAAUGAACUGAAAAUUAUGGUCUGUCUGGCCAACACAUACAAGUCUUUUUAGAUACUAAACGUUGUUAUCUCGACCAAACUGUGAAUUGUGUUUUUAAGCCUUGAUUACCAGAUUUUUUUUCGUACAGCAAGCCAGUAGUUUUGAGUCUUUUAAAUCUUUUGGGUAUUUGGGGUGUGCUCGUCAUUAAAGAAGCACAUAAAUUUCCAUUA